AUGGCAGUAUUAGCAGAGGACCAGGAGGAUUUAGAAAUAUCAAUUAAAAAGUUAGAAGAAGCAUGUAAAGCAUAUGGAAUGAAAAUUAAUGCAAAGAAAACCAAAGUUAUGAGCAUAGGAAGGGAUGAAGAUAUUGUGAUUGUCUCUAACAAUAAAUGUUCUAACGCUGAAGGUCAUUCUUCGGCUAUGGAUCAUUUUUGUUGUUCAAAUUGUCAAGAACAUAUAAAUGGGCAAUCUUAUGUUAUCCACGAAAGUCAACCAUUUUGUUUAAACUGUUCUGAAAGAAAAGCAGACUAUUGUGAUACAUGUGGUGAACAUAUUAAAACCGAUCAACCACAAAAGUCUCAUGAAUCUCAACAUUGGCAUGCAACAGAUGCCUGUUUUUAUUGUUAUACAUGCCGUAUUCCAUUAAAUAAUCGUGGUUUUUUUACAUAUUAUGGUGAAUUAUUUUGUUCAAAUAAAUGUGCAUUACAAAGAAAUAAACAUUAA